CCCUGCAUUAAUGGCUGGACUAAUGAUCUUAAAGGUCUUUCCCAAUCCAAAUGUCUCUCCGCAGACCUCAACGAGUGCGAGGUGUACAAGCGGGAGGGGGGUCCCCGGCUGUGCGCCCAUGCCUGCGUCAAUCUCCCUGGCUCCUACCGCUGUGCCUGCCCUGCUGGCUACGUCCUCCUGGGCGACGGCAAGAGCUGCGAAGACAUCGACGAGUGCGCCCUGUCACAGGAUAACUGCACAAGGGGGACCACCUGCAUCAACACCGGGGGGGGCUUCCAGUGCGUGAGCCCCCAGUGCCCCCCACCCGCUGGCAACGUCACCUAUGUCAAAACAUCCCCCUUCCAGUGUGAGCGCAACCCAUGCCCGAUGGAGAGUCGGUCUUGCCACCAAGCGCCAAAAAGCAUCUCCUUCCACUACCUUCCCCUGCCUUCCAACCUGCUGACGCCCACCCCGCUCUUUCGCAUGGCCACGGCAGCGGCGCCGGGCCGGCCGGGACCCGACAGCCUCCGUUUCGGCAUUGUGGGGGGCAACAACCGUGGGCAUUUCGUGAUGCAGCGUUCUGACCGGCAAACCGGAGAGCUCAUCCUCGUUCAGAGCCUCAAGGGUCCCCAAACCAUACAAGUGGAUGUGGACAUGUCCGAAUACCUGGAUCGUGUCUUCCAGGCCAAGCAUGUGUCCAAAAUCACCGUUUUCGUUUCUGCCUACGAGUUUUAG